AUGAGCUCUCAUCCCUUCCUCAGCCCUCCCCUCGUCAGCCCCCACCCGUCAGCCCUGCCCUCGUCAGCCAUCCCCACCUCAGCCCUCCCCUCCUCAGCACUCCCCUCCCAUCCUCAGCGCUCCUCAGCCACCCCCAGCUCUCCCCUCCUCAGCCCUCCCCUCUUCAGCGCUUCUCAGCCCUCCUCCUCAGCCCUCCCCUCUUCAGCGCUUCUCAGCCCUCCCACCCUCAGCGCUCCUCAGCCACCCCCAGCUCUCCCCACCUCAGCCCUCCCCUCUUCAGCGCUUCUCAGCCCUCCCCUCCUCAGCGCUCCUCAGCCCCCCCCUCCUCAGCCCUCCCUUCGUCAGCCCUCCCCUCCUCAGCCCCCUCGCCUCAGCCCUCCCCUCCUCAGCCCCCCCUCCUCAGCCCUCCCCUCGUUUGCCCUCCCCCCCUCAGCGCUCCUCAGCCCUCCCCUCCUCAGCCCUCCUCACCCCUCCCCACCUCAGCUCUUCCCUCCUCAGCCCUCCCCUCGUCACCCCCCCCCAGCCCUCCCCUGUUCAGCGUUCCUCAGCCCUCCCCUCCUCAGCCCUCCCAUCUUCAGCCCUCCCCUCGUCACCCCCCCCUCAGCCCUCCCCUGUUCAGCGUUCCUCAGCCCUCCCCUCCUCAGCCCUCCCCUGUUCAGCGUUCCUCAGCCCUCCCCUCCUCAGCCCUCCCCUCGUCACCCCCCCUCAGCCCUCCCCACCUCAGCCCUCCCCUGUUCAGCGUUCCUCAGCCCUCCCCUCCUCACCCCUCCCCACCUCAGCUCUUCCCUCCUCAGCCCUCCCCUCGUCACCCCCCCCCUCAGCCCUCCCCUCCUCAGCCCUCCCCUCCUCAGCCCUCCCCUCGUCACCCCCCCCUCAGCCCUCCCCUCCCCACCUCAGCCCUCCCCUGUUCAGCGUUCCUCAGCCCUCCCCUCCUCAGCCCUCCCCUGUUCAGCGUUCCUCAGCCCUCCCCUCCUCAGCCCUCCCCUCCUCAGCUCUUCCCUCCUCAGCCCUCCCCUCCUCAGCUCUUCCCUCCUCAGCCCUCCCCUCGUCACCCCCCCCCUCAGCCCUCCCCUGUUCAGCGUUCCUCAGCCCUCCCCUCCUCAGCCAUCCCCUCCUCAGCCCUCCUCAGCCCUCCCCUCCUCAGCUCUUCCCUCCUCAGCCCUCCCCUCGUCAUCCCCCCCUCAGCCCUCCCCUGUUCAGCGUUCCUCAGCCCUCCCCUCCUCAGCCCUCUCCUGUUCAGCGUUCCUCUGCCCUCCCCACCUCAGCCCUCCCCUCCUCAGCCCUCCUCAGCCCUCCCCUCCUCAGCUCUUCCCUCCUCAGCCCUCCCCUCGUCACCCCCCCCCCCUUAGCCCUCCCCUGUUCAGCGUUCCUCAGCCCUCCCCUCCUCAGCCAUCCCCUCCUCAGCCCUCCCCUCCUCAGCUCUUCCCUCCUCAGCCCUCCCCUCCUCAGCUCUUCCCUCCUCAGCCCUCCCCUCGUCAUCCCCCCCUCAGCCCUCCCCUGUUCAGCAUUCCUCAGCCCUCCCCUCCUCAGCCCUUCCCUGUUCAGCGUUCCUCAGCCCUCCCCUCCUCAGCCCUCCCCUGUUCAGCGUUCCUCAGCCCUCCCCUCCUCAGGCCUCCCCUGUUCAGCGUUCCUCUGCCCUCCCCACCUCAGCCCUCCCCUCCUCAGCCCUCCCCUCCUCAGCCCUCCCCUACUCAGCCCUCCCCUACUCAGCCCUCCUCAACACUGGCUCAACCCUCACACUUUUAUCUCUCUAAAGCCGAUGCCAGAACACAUGAUAGGGGCAGGUUAACAAAAGGAUGA